AUGUCAUCAAUGCGUCCGCUGGCGGUUGUUGCGUUCCCACCCAGUCCGCCCGUCCCGCUUCCUCCUGCAGAGUUGGACAAAGACAUUGCUGAUGUGAUGGCCACUAUCACUUUCAACUACUUCCUGUGCAGCGGCGCCAGAUGGAUGCUAGUGCUGCUGCUUCUGGAAAUCCACCAUGCUUAUCUCUUGUUCCUCUUCGCAGAAGCUCGAGGGUGUCAGAGUGUCUUUCACAAACGUGUCGGGGACACGGUGGAACUCCCGUCGUGUUCCGAGGGCCAAGAUUUGACCUUCAGACACUGGAACUACAAAGGCAAGAAAGUCCAAAUGGGGUCGGGUCAGUUUAAAGGGCGGCUCCACCUCAAUCCCCGUAACUUCAGUCUCACGCUGAUGGCCGUCACGCUGCGUGACUCGGGGGUCUACAGUUUCGUAUCGGCCAUCGAUGACAGCCAGCGAGAGACGGUGCAUGUCACGCUGCAUGUUCACGAGUUAAUAACCACUGACCCCGUCCUGACUGUCAAUACCACCUGGAACGCCACCAACCAAUCAUGCAGCGUCUUACUGGACUGCAGCGCCCCUGUUGGCGAGCUUGUAGAAUACAAGUGGGAAGUGCGGAAUGGAAGCCUGAGCGGCGCCCGCCAUCACAUCAACGUCCCGCCGCGACACGCCGCCAUGGAGGUCACGUGCACCAUCUACAACGCAGUGAGCGAGACGUCCGCCUCCGCUGCCGUGAAGUGCGCUAAUGACAUGUCCUUGCGUGCCGCCAUCACAGAGUCGCCAAAGUUUGUAUUCACGCUCAGCUUAGCGGCGGGAGUUUUUCUGCUCGUCAUGGCAGGCGUCAUCGCGUCAGUCGCUUGCCACCUCAGACGUAGACGAGCAGGUGGGACACACCCCCUUUGCCGCGUCAUCUCGCUGUCUUUUAGGUUUAUGACUCACUUCCUGUUUGUCUUCACAGGUAGGAAAUGCGAGGAAAUGACGGUCUACGCCGACAUCGGUGAAGGAAGGUCGACGCCAACGAAGGAGAGUUCGCCGUACGAGACCGUUGGCGAUGACGACGGAACAAUGGCUGUCGGCGUAUCCGGCGCCCCCACCUCUGUCAGAACUGAUGACUUUGACUGCAUGCAGACACUCUAUGACAAGGUCAACCUGGCCCGCGUCACUACGCAAGACCACACCUUCUAGAACGUUCUGCUGUUGAUACCCGAAUGAUACAUUGUGGAGAAUAAUGGAACACAAAUACACAAAUAAAUACAUUUAAUUCUAA